CAUGACCAGCCGCCUGAAUUCUGAAUUACAUUUGGAGUCCUCGCGCUGUGCGUUAGGGACUCGUGCGCAGCGAAUGAGCGUGUCCGCGAGGAGGAGUGCGCUCCGCGGACGCGCCAGUAGGCGGGAGGCUCGGCUGCUGUGGGUUCCGUCCAUCCGUUCGCCUUUUAGCGCUUUCAAGCGUUUGGAACGAAGCCUCGUGUCUCGCAGAGCUCAUUCCCUUCGUCCACAAAAUGUCUCGAGGAAUCGCACGACCUUGAGAGAUUUCUGGUUGCAUUUCUUUGGCGACAGAUCGUUUAGCGCCACGGAGGAAGUGAUGUGUUUGGUAUGUGAGUAUAAAGCAGGCGCAGUAGGGGACGUCGCGCGGUGAGAGUCCGCUGGCGUUUACAGACCUCGGAAACCAGGCGCGUUCAACCGCACGGGAGCUCUUCCUGCAGCUGGUUCCAGCUUUCCUGCUGCAAGUGCAUCUUGUUCUAAACCACCUCAAACACCAGUGACAUCUUCUCCAAAGCCACGGAUGAGGACGCCCCCUCCGCGUGCCACAUAGACGGUCUCACGUUUGGCACCUGCCCAUUUAACUGGCUGAGAUGCCACAGUAGGAAGCACUGUGCCAGGGAGUACAUGUUGAUGAAACUGAUCUGUUCAGUAAGCUCGAAUCAGAGCAGCCCCAUCCAUGAGUAUCCUGACUGCAGGGACAGGGCCAGUGAGCCCAGCUUGCUGGUGUCCCCGCUGGUGGUGGCUGGUAUUGUCAUCGGUCUGGUGCUCUUUCUCUCCUGCGUCACCAUCAUUGUGGGCAGCCUGCGUAAGGACAGCCGUUUGCGCAACCCUCACCUGCCCUCCAGCUACGCUCCAGACGCCUUCUCGUACGGUGGCUCAGUCGGAGAGCUGAGGUCCAGUUGCUUGGACGAGUUCCCGCCUGCCUUUCACUUUGAUUCCUACCUGGAGACGCUUUCCCAGAUCAACAUCAUGUAUCCAGACUCUCCCCCUCACUAUGAGGAGUGUGUGGGGCCAGCUGCCACACAGAUAUACGUUCCCACGGAUGACCCUCCUCCGUACUCCCUCACCGAUCCAUGUCACCGCGAUCAGCUCCACCCCCCACACUCCUGCCUGGAGGCACAGGAACUUCCUGCAAGUGCUUCCUGGUUGUCCGUAAGUGGCAGUUCCCAGCAUCCAAUCAGACUGCAGGACUGGAUCGCACACCCAGUGGCUUCCAUCUCUCUUUCAGCCACACCCCUGGAGGAGGCGCCUCCAUACGAGGCUGUGGUGAGGGAGCAGAGCCAGCCCCUCCCACAGAGCCAGCUCCUCCCACUCCUACCCAUGGACCUGCUGAAACACACAGCUGAGGAGAGUACCCCACAGCACCCCGUACCCCACACUGUCGUCUAGCCCCCCCCCACACACACACACACAGAAUUACUCUAGGUCUCAUACUCCCCAGACUUGUAGAAGGGACACCUCUGAUUGGCUCAGGCUUUGUCAUCAACGGGGGACAGAUCAGAGCCUUUUUAUGCAUCACAGACUCAAAAGAAAAUAUGAGCUCACUGCAGUACAGCUUACCUCUCAGAUCAGCCCAGUCACCAGAACCUCACUGGGAAGCAGAUCAGCCCAGUCACCAGAACCCUCACUGGGAAGCAGAUCAGCCCAGUCACCAGAACCCACACUGGGAAGCAGAUCAGCCCAGUCACCAGAACCCACACUGGGAACCAGAUCAGCCCAGUCAGCAGAACCCACACUGGGAACCAGAUCAGCCUAGUCACCAGAACCCUCACUGGGAAACAGAUCAGCCCAGUCACCAGAACCCUCACUGGGAAGCAGGGGUGGUGUGGUGAAUAUUCUGAGCAAUGAGCCUUUAUUUUAUUGACUUUAUUUUCAUGGUGUAAUCACACCAUGGGUUGUGUUUUCAAAUGUUUUAUGUGUAUUUUUGUUCGGUCAUAUAAAAUCUCCAGGGGAAAGAAUUAAGAUGUAUUACAAAUGAUGUUCAGAAGAAAACUAGAUCGCUGCCCUAACACUAACCCUAUAACCCUAACCCUAAAACCCUGUAACCCUAUCCCUGUAACUCAACCAUAUAACCCUGUAACCCUAUCCCUGUAACUCAACCAUAUAACCCUAACCCUAUAACCCUAACCCUAAAACCCUGUAACCCUAUCCCUGUAACUCAACCAUAUAACCCUAACCCUAUAACCCCAACACUUAAUAUCCCUGAAAAGUAGUUUGUAUGCUGGUUAUCAAAAAACAUUUUUUAAUAAUAAGUUCAGCACGCUGUUAACAGGCCCCUCUCCUGAUUGAUGGUACCGAGGGUUUACUCUCAAAACCACCAAUGCAUUUAUACAUUUAUACAGCCAGGACUUAAUAAAGCACUAAUCUAGUGGACAAGUAGCUCCUUUAAAAACAUACAACAGGUUUAUAUGUGACUAUGAAACUGCUAAAUUUGAAUAUAAUGUUGAAGCUGCUGUAUAAUUUUAGAGUAGGCCUUUAACCAUUUUCUCUCUGGAUUUGUGUGAUAAUAUCUAUGGGUUUCAUUUCUGGUGCACAAACACUAUUUUGUUUGUGGACCCUAAAAAGAUUCAACAAUUGAUCUUUUUUCUUUCCUGAAUUUUUUUUAUUACAAUAUUUGAUAAGUUUCAGUGAUUAUAACAUAAAUCUCAACAGUUCGAAAAUGUAGACCCUCUGCAGUGUCCUGACGGUAGGCCUUAGCAAAGACUCUGUUCAGCUCUGUGCGUUCUGUAAAACUCACUGUGAACAUUUUUUGUUUGCCUCAUGCAGAACGAUAAAAGGCUUGGUGAGAACGUCGUCAUUAUACAGAUUUCUUGAAAUGUUCAACUGUCUGUUGUUCUGGGUCAACAACCAGGGCGGGUACAGGAUGGCACCUUCCCUAUAACCACAAAUAAACAGACAGAAGGGCUUUGGCAACCACAGUUUAAACCAACCUUACCAAAGGAUAUAAGUGGCUGUGGAAGAGUAAUAUUGUAUUGUGUAUAAACUAUUAUUGUGAAUAAUACGUUUAUUGUGUAUGUCCAGAUAUUACAAGAUGAGGUAAGAAUAUAACUGACAGAUUUGUGUGAUUAAUUUUUUCCUGCAGAGCUUUAGUGUGUGAAGCAGUGUCCUCUGAGACAGAACAUGCUUCCCAAACUAUGUUUUCCCCCAGCGAUGUUUGUUUGGUUGUAAAUUUCUCAUUUCCUCUCAUUGUUUUCCAAUUAUAAAUGUGUUGUUGUAAAAUCAGAAAUACGCUGGAAGGACAACAGCACCACGCAAAUCUCAAGCAAUAGGAAUUCUCAAAAAGGAUAAACAAACUUCCCUGGGCCCAGCGGGUACAGCAGGUCUAGCAGGUCCAGCGGGUCGUGCGGCAGGCUGGAUCUUUCAUGGGGAAGCACUCAGUUCAGAGCUCAGAUCAAUCGAAAUGCUUUGUGUUUACCAACUAGUAGCAAACGAGGACUAAAGUCCAUUUUGAAAUGUUUUUGUCUGAGUAGAAAAUGUGCUGUUUCUCCUUCAGUGUUGUGCUCCACUGUAAAAGCGGCGACGUCUAAUUUACCUGCAGACUUUAGGAAUUUUGUAUUAGAACAUUGAUUUCUUUCCUAGUGUUUACUUAAAUAAUAAAAAUCUGAUACUCUGA